AUGGUUGGCCACAUGGAUUCAAGGUUGUGGUAUAAUCGACCUUCAGACAGAUGGACCGAUGCGCUACCUGUUGGUAACGGAAAGCUAGGUGCCAUGAUAUAUGGCAUUCCGGACCAUGAACGCAUUCAGCUCAACGAGGAAUCUGUCUGGUCAGGCGGUAAGCGAUCUAGACUGAACCAGAAUGCUUCUGAAUCUCUGGUCAAGGUCCGGCAAUUGUUGUGCGGAGGUGAUGUUGAAGCGGCAGAGCGACUAGCAGAUCUUGGAAUGGCCUCGACUCCGGUCAGCAUGCGGCAUUACGAGUCACUUGGCGAGAUGAAGUUGACGUUCGAUGCAAUCCCAAAAUCCUUGGUCAAGGAGUAUGAAAGAUGGCUCGAUCUUGAGACGGCAGUUGCCGGCGUAAAAUUCUCUGCUACCGAUACACUUUAUGAACGGGAGAUCUUUGCUUCUGCACCUGACAACAUCAUCGUCCAGAGGCACACGGCCAAGGGGAUUCAGAGGCUGUCCUUCCAUGCCAUGAUACACCGACCAUAUGAAAUGCUGAACGUCGCUUAUGAUACAUCCUACAAUGAUGGAAAAGAUACUGCUUUUAUGAUCGGGACGUCUGGAGGGUCUGACCCAAUCACUUUCGCAGCUGCGAUCAACAUUCAGACCGACGGUAAAAUUGAGGCUUUAGGCGAGUUCUUGUUGGUCGAAGAUGCCACAGAGGCCAUCAUACUCUUCACAGCGGCUACCACUUAUCGGACACCGGAUCCCAUUACAACACUGCAAAAGACGCUAGACAGAUCCAAGAAGCAUUCUUACAGCCAAUUGCGCUCAAGGCAUGUUGAGGACUAUCAAGCUCUUUUCCGAAGCUGUACACUGCAACUUGGUCACCCAGAACCCAGUAAUUCGAGACUCCCUACCGACAAACGAGUCGAGGCCCUCAGAAAUGGCGAAAGUGAUGUUGGUCUUCUUGCACUUCAGUUUCAGUAUGGCCGCUAUCUGCUGAUCUCUUGCUCGAGACCUGGAACGCUGCCGGCUAAUCUGCAAGGUAUAUGGAACAAGGAUUACAUGUCAGCAUGGGGUUCUAAGUACACCAUCAACAUCAACACAGAGAUGAAUUACUGGUUGGCUGAGGUCACCAAUUUGUCUACCCUGCACUCUCCACUAUUUGACCACAUUGAAACAAUCUGUCAGUCUGGUAGGCAGACUGCUCUAAAAAUGUACAACGCUUCUGGAUGGGUUGUACAUCACAACACAGACAUAUGGGGUGACUCUGCACCACAGGAUCGCUGGCCUGCCGCCGCUUACUGGACACUGGCGUCUGCUUGGCUCUGCACUCAUAUACUCGACCAUUUCUUAUUCACAGGCGACACGGAUUUCUUGCUCGGGAAGAUUGAUACCAUGUCUUCCGCGAUCGAUUUCUUUUUGGAUACUCUACAGCCCGUCGAAUUGAACGACAAGGCCUAUUUCGUCACUAACCCAAGUGUCUCGCCUGAAAAUGUGUAUUUCACUGCGACUGACAAUGUCGGUGCAAUGACCAUUGGCCCUGCGUGCGAUUUCCAGAUCCUCCGACAAUUCUUUAAUGGCUUUGUGUCUGCAGUCUCCUCGCUUCCAGAGAAUCCCGUCGAUCCAUCUUUCAUCUUGAAGAUCCAGGAAACCGUGGCGAGAUUCCCUCCCACUCAAAUUUCUCAGCGGUACCCCGGUGUCAUUCAGGAAUGGCUGCACGACUAUCGCGAAGCUGAACCCGGUCACCGACACAUUUCACAUCUAUAUGCACUAUACCCAGGUACACAAAUCCUCCCGCCUGGGUCAUCUGGUCACGAUGCAACCAUUUGGGAUGCUGCAAAUCGCACGAUUGAGCACCGACUUGCAAACGGCGGUGCUGGGACAGGUUGGUCACGAGCAUGGACUAUCAACUGGUAUGCUCGUUUGCUUAACGGCGAAGAGGUUGCGCGCCAUAUCUCCGAGUUCUUCACCCAGAGCACUUAUCUCAAUUUAUUCGACGCGCACCCGCCGUUCCAGGUUGACGGAAAUUUCGGUUUCACGAGUGGCGUCGCAGAAGCUCUGCUGCAGAGCCAUUUUAUUAGGCUCCCAGGUAAUGUUAGAGAGGUAUGGCUUUUGCCUGCUCUGCCUGCUUCUUGGGGGUCGGGCUUGGUGAAGGGUUUGGUUGCUAGAGGUAGUUUUGUAAUCAACAUUCACUGGGAAGACGGAAUCGUCAAGAAUGUGGAAAUGGAGAGCCGCUUGGGCGGCACUAUUGUGGUAAGAUACGACAUGCAGGGAAGAAAAGGAGUAAAGGUCAUUCCACGGGCAACUUAUGAUGGCUUCAAGGAGUUGAGCAAUGGUAGAUUCGAGCUAUCUACGCGCCAGGACGAGACAUAUAGUUUUACUAUUGAAUACGCUUGGUAG